AUUCCGAGAGAGUCACAGUGAGAAGAGAGCAAAAAAGCACAACAACAAACAACGUGACCCCACCCCCUUCCCCUUCCUAUAAAUGCACACACUCUAACAAACCAAAUACCUCUACCACUUGCAAUCGGAGCAGAUCAAACCCUAACACACUCUCUCCGAAUCUUAAUUUUUUUUUUCUUUUUAUUUUAUCAUCGAUCACACUCUGAUUGUGAUUGAGAUUAACCCUAACGAACACGCACACUCACUAUUCCUAUUCCGAUUCCGAUUCCAAUGGCUAUGAGUGGUGCCUCUCCCAAUCAUUCCCCCAAGCCUGGAGUCUCCUCGCCGUGGAGCCAGAUUGUCGCCGCCGCCGCGCCUCCUUCCUCUUCACCGCCACCGCCUGUGGUGGAAUCCGCCAUGGUUAAUUCUGUCCCGGCGGAGGAUUCCGACAGCGGUGCUGGCCACAAUGUCAAUAGCGGGAAGAGGCCUGCCUGGAAUAAACCCUCCAAUGGUGUCUCUUCUUCCGUCAUGGGCGCUGAAACCUGGCCUGCUUUGUCGGAGUCUGCUCGGGCUUCGGUGAAAUCAACUUCUCCGUCACCGUCACCGUCACUGUCUGAAUCCUCUAAGGGUUCUUCCGAGGUGUCGCCAUUGCAGGGUUCUGGAAGUGUGGUUCCCUCGCCGCAGAGGCAUGUUAGGGACAAUGCAAGUGCUAACAAUACUGUGCAGGCUCAUCAGAAGUCUUUUAAGCGCAGCAAUUCGAACACCUCUUCCAAUGGAGGUAACCUUUUGCCACAAAUGUCUGUGCCUCAAAGUUCAGUUGCUGCUGCUGGGUCCCACAACCAUAAUUCUUCGCCAAAGGAACAUCAACCUAGAGCUGGAUUUGUGCCUAAUGAUCACCCACCUCAGCGAAAUUCGUAUAGGCAUCGGAAUGGCGGUGGUCCACAUCAGCGCGGGGACUAUCACCAUCAUAACUAUGGUGGCAGGCGUGAUCAGGACCGAGGUCAUGACUGGAACAAUCACCGCAAUUUUAAUGGUAGAGACAACUAUAUGUCUCCAAGAAUUGUUCCGAGAUUUAUAAGGCCUCAACCACCUCCUAAUCAUGCUCAAUUUUAUCCACCAGGACCACCUCCAAUGCGCCCAUAUGGGGGAUCAUAUGGGUAUCAUGAACUACAUCCUCAGAUGGUAUAUGUUCCACCUCCAGCCCUGGAAUCAUUUAGAGGUGUUUCUUAUAUGUCUCCAAUGCCACCUAAUGCAAUGUAUUUUCCACCUCCGGACACUCAGUUGCAUGCUAAGAUUGUCAACCAGAUUAACUAUUAUUUCAGUAAUGAAAAUUUAGUUAAAGAUUUAUUCUUACGACGUAAAAUGGAUGACCAAGGCUGGGUUCCUAUAAGUUUAAUAGCAGGCUUCAAGAAAGUUAAGUUUUUGACUGACAAUAUCCAGAUUGUGUUAGAUGCUGUUCGAACUUCAUCUGUUGUUGAAGUUCAGGGUGACAAAAUAAGGAGACGAAAUGAUUGGAGGAGAUGGAUCAUGCCUGCUGAUCAACUUCCUAAUGUUAGAGGUUCUCAAACCAUUGGACAGCUGGCAGAACAAGUCCAAAGCAUUGCUCUGGAAACAACCAACAAUGAUGAUGCUGGAGUAUUAGAUGCUGCUUCACAGAAUAGACCUUUUGGGGAUUUGAAUAGUCAAUAUAUGCUUUCCACUAGCGAGGGUACCGGUAGUCAAGUUGGUAUUCAAGUUUCAGAUCAUUCUAUUUCUGCAAGAAAUUAGAGCUGCAGAUGUUCUUUAAAACAUUUUUUUGAAGAAUAUUCUUCAGAGGGAAGCAGGAAGCAGGGAUCAUGGUCUCAAUUUUUACAUAUGGCAGUGGGACAUGAUUUCUCAUGAGGUAUCUAGGAUAACAUGGUUGAGAAAUGGGAAGAAAAUACCUUUUUAUAAAACAGAAAAAACACCAAAUGAUAAAAUGGCACGGAAAAGGUGCAUUUAUAUUUUUCUGUGUUUGGAGCUAGUAGCAUUACUCUUGUGAUUACUUGUUUAUAUGGGGUUUAAUGUUCCUAUUGUGAUGGUGGGAUGGAUGGUAGUUUGCUUUAAUCUGGGGAUUUUUGUUCUUGUUCCCCUGAAUUCCCCUUAGCUUCUUUUUAAAAUCUUUGGGGUCAUGUUCCAUCCUGUUUUAGGAGCAUCAUUAUAUGAGAUGAUGAUGAUGAUGAUGAUGAUGGGUGUUGAAUGAGUUUUGAUAGCUACUAGUUGGCUGUGACUGUGAGUGAAGGGGAAAGAUUGCUUUCUGCUGAUGGAGCUUGUCCCACGACUGCUUAGUAUCACGUCCCUUGCUAUUUCCCCUCACAUCAUAUUUGGAAUCACUAUACUUUUAUUUUUCCCAUUUUUACUUUAUUUUAAACUCUUACUAUGCAUAAAUUGACCAUACCGUGUUAUUUAAACUCGAAGUAUUUGCAGCUGUAUGCGCUCGGGAUUUUGAAAUUGAAUGGAACAUGUCCCAAUUAUUUCAUA